AUGAGCGGGAACCACUCGAGUGUUUGCUUUCAGCUACCGUCGCGAUAUUACGAUACCACAGCAUUUCCGCCCCCACCACCGAACGGUACAUUCCAGGUGCCAAAGUUGCAACCAACCAUAUCUGUACCGAGUUCAGGCCCUCAAGAUGUUUUGAACACUCAAACGGCCACUUCAGAAGUGCGGAAAACAAGUUAUCCAGGUACAGCAACCAAUACGCCGGCGGCGGCAGUGAUGUCCCACUAUCCGGCAAAUGUGGCAGUUCCACCGCCGAAUUAUUCGCGGCCACCGCCCAAUUUCAUGCCGAUGCAG